AUGCCCGAUGAAUUACCUUGUUGGAUGGCUACACGUCAGCGCCUACCGCCCAAAGACAGCUGGUCAGAUUUUGUAUUUGGCGUCUUGUUUCACCAUCCCCAUGCCCAGCCGAAGUGGUCUCAAUUGUAUUUUCUGCAGCUGUACCGGAGCUUCAGAGAGCUGUGGGGUGAUGUGAGCGUAUGGGCCGGCCAGUUUGAUAAGCACUUUGGCAUCAGGAUCGGCCAUUAUAUUCGAGUCAUGUUUAACACUGACCGCAGUAAAGAAGUUGGCACAAGUCAUGGUGAGGGGACGUGGUAUCAUGGUAAACCACCUUUCUUCCAGAUUCAGCUUUGGGCACCUUACUUUUCACCACCUCAGAGACAAAAGGGCAUACCUCUAUCUUCUGUAUACCAUUGCCUUCGAUACCCCGAUGGCCUAUCUCCUUCUAUUACGUCAAGUGUCCCAACUGCUCGAGACUUUCAGGCUCUUGAUGAGUUAAUUCGGGAGCACUGGAUUGAGAUUGUGGAUGACGUAGACGUUUUGUGUUCUGCUAGUCACUCUUAUAUCCGGCGCCAUUGUCGAUCGGCACUGCUCUACGUUCGGUUCCUUUCUGGCCCAACCUGGGGUCAGGAUGGAGGCGUAAGCUUCAUGCUGCCUUGGUCUAUUAAGCCACAAGAUAUCCAAGAUUGUGUAGAAGAGGACGUUUUCCGGGUUCCUGUCGUGCACAAAUCUAUACCAAAACAUAUGCUUGAAUCCAUAGUCAGCCAGCCAACGUUUUUCUUACCAACUCGAGAUAAUGUUCUCGGCUUACUUGAGACCAUAGAGUCAUUACCUGGUCACUCAGCGUCGUUUAUAGCACGACUUAGUUGGACUAAGUGCAGGAUGGACAAUGGUGGAGAUCAAUACGCCCUUCGUAGUCAUCUGGGGGUCAAGAAACAGGUUGCAGAACCUUCUGAUCGACGCCAGAUGCUUUUGGAGCAGUUCUUACGCCAGACGGAACCUCCAGAGACAGAAGCCACGUCUGAAAUAUACUUGACGUCGUGGUCGUUCAAGAAGGAAAUGAAUAUGAAGUGA